AUGUCUUUGGCAUUUUUCAUCGUUUCUACUGUUUUCACUGCAUUGGCGUUGGUGUAUGGAUUGGUGAUAUUAUUUUCACACCAGCCACGUCCUGCACACCCAGAAGAGCUGUUGUAUGCUACCAACGAUGAAGAAGGCACAGUUCACCACUUACCAGCCAGAAUCACAUCAUUGAAGGCUCCUGAAGCUGCUGAAGGUAUUUUGUUGAGUGUGGUUGUUCCUUCUUAUAAUGAAACGUCCAGAUUGGGCAAGAUGCUUGAAGAGGCUGUGCUGUAUUUGGAUGAAAAUUACAAGGGCCAGUAUGAGAUACUCAUUGUGGACGACGGGUCCAAGGAUGGAACGGCAGCUUACGCGUUGGAAGUCGCUGCUACGUUGAAGCUUCCAGCCCACGUGUUGCGUGUGGUGAAGUUGAUCAAAAACAGAGGUAAGGGAGGUGCCGUGACACACGGUCUUUUGCAUGGUUCCGGUAAGUAUAUGCUUUUCGCCGACGCUGAUGGAGCUACGAGGUUUAGUGACGUGCAGAAGUUGCUUGACAACCUUGAAGGAACCAACGAUGCUGCUAUUGCCAUUGGACUGCGAGCACACAUGGUGAACACAGACGCCGUGGUUAAACGUUCGUUCAUCAGAAACUUCUUGAUGUACGGCCUCCAUACGUUGGUGUAUAUAUUUGGCAUAAGGAAGAUCCAAGACACGCAGUGUGGGUUCAAGAUGUUCAACCGUCCUGCUGUGCAAGCCAUCUUCCCCCACAUGCACACAGAAAGAUGGAUCUUUGACGUGGAGGUGCUUCUUCUAGCUGAGCUCCAGAACAUCCCUAUCACAGAGAUCGCCGUCAACUGGCAAGAAGUCGACGGGUCCAAGGUGGACUUGGCCAAGGACUCUAUCCAGAUGGCCAUCGACCUUGUGGUGACCAGAUUGGCAUACUUACUUGGUGUGUACGAGCUCGACGAGUGUGGACAUCAAUGGGCCGUGAACCAUUAA